AUGGCUAGUCCAGCGAAGAAGCGGAAGCUGAACAGCGACAGCAAGCAGCCCUCGAAGGGACUGGAAUAUUUCUUCGCAAAGCAGAAGCAGAAUGCUCCUGAUCCCAUUCCGGAGAAGCCGGAGGAGCAUGUUGCAACCCCCAAUCAGCAAGAGCUGACGGACGAAGAGCUCGCCAGAAAGCUCCAGGCCGAAUGGGCCGAGGAGGAUGCUCAAGCUGGACGGUCCAACGGAGACCAGAUGAGGUCAGAACCAGAGAACGAUCAGGAUGUUGAGCAACCCAAACCGCGGGGUACUGGAGUAGAAACGCCUGAGACGCCAGGAACACCAAGAAGUGCACCUCCCUCAGCUUUCAAGCAGAUGGGCAAGAACACGUUGUCAUUGCAGUCCAUGGCAGAUGCCGAGGAAUCGGUUUCAGCAACAAUACCGCUGGACGAAAGCCCGCUGACAUUCGAGCCAGCCAAGCACAUACCUGAUCUGCAGAAAGCAUGGGCCGCAGAAGGUGGAAACGCCUCGUAUGCUCUCCUCACAAGAUGCUUUGUGUUGGUGGGAGGAACGACAAAGCGAAUAAAGACAGUCGACACACUGGUGAACUGCGUCCGCCUGCUCAUCGAAGCAGACCCCGCCAGCCUCCUGCCUGCAGUCUGGCUCGCCACCAACUCUAUUUCACCACCAUACAUCUCCCUGGAGCUGGGCCUGGGUGGCUCCGCAAUCUCCAAGGCCUUGAAGCAGGUCUGCGGCCUGGACGGUAGGGCUUUGAAGACUAUCUACGACAAGUAUGGUGACCCAGGGGACGUGGCAUUCGAGGCCAAGAAGAAGCAGAGCUUCACCUUGCGCAAGCCUAAGCCGUUGACAAUCAGGGCCGUGUACGAUUCUCUGGUGAAAAUUGCCAACAGUUCCGGCCAGGGAAGUGUUGAGCAGAAGCAGAGGAUUGUGGACCGCCUCCUGCAAGAUGCUAGGGGUGGCGAGGAGAGCAGGUAUAUCGUGCGAACGUUGUGUCAACACCUUCGCAUUGGUGCGGUCAAGACCACCAUGCUGAUUGCACUGUCUCGAGCAUUUUUGCUAUCUCGGCCACCAGGCGCUGACUUCCCCAUCAGAGGCCAGAAAGAGCUGGCGGCAAUGAAGAAGGAGGAGCUCACGGAGACGUACGCGAAGGCUGAAGAGAUCGUGAAGGCAUGUUUCGCCCGGCGGCCCAACUACAACGAUCUCGUUCCCAUCAUGCUUGAAAUUGGCGUGUGCGAAGAACUACUGAUUCGAUGCGGCCUGACACUACACAUCCCUUUACGACCCAUGCUGGGCAGCAUAACAAGAGACCUGGCCGAGAUGUUGACCAAGCUAGACGGCCGAGAGUUUGCAUGUGAAUUCAAGUACGACGGCCAAAGGGCACAAAUCCAUUGCGACGAGAAGGGCAGGGUGACGAUAUUCUCUCGCCACCUGGAGCUCAUGACCGACAAGUACCCAGACCUCGUCGCUCUCAUGCCCAAAGUCCGCGGUGACGGCGUCGAGAGUUUCAUCAUGGAGGGCGAGGUGGUCGCCAUCGACCGCCAAAAUGGAGAGCUCAAGACGUUCCAGACGUUGUCUAACAGAGCCAGGAAAGAUGUACAGAUCGGCAGCGUCACCAUCGAUGUCUGCAUGUAUGCUUUUGACCUGAUGUACCUGAACGGACAGCCCCUCCUCGAUCGACCGUUUCGUGAGCGGCGAGAACUCCUGCGGUCGCUGUUCACGGAGGUUCCGCACCAUUUCACGUGGGUCAAAAGCCUCGACGCAACAUCUCAGGACCCGGAGACCGUGUCGGACUUUUUCAAGCAAGCCACAGACAUCAAGUGUGAAGGUAUCAUGGUCAAGAUCCUCGACAACCUGCCCGACCUCGCCUACGAGGGUGACGAUGCAGGCGAAGCUGGUGCGGAGACUGCCAAACCGCAACCGCCACCGACAACUACGAAAGGGAAGAAGGCGAAGAAGGGCAAGGGCAAGGCUGAGGAGCAAGAGGGCGGAGAAGAAAAGAAGAAGUCCCGCCGCAAGCCCCUGCUCGCAACGUACGAGCCCGACAAGCGCCUCGACUCAUGGCUCAAAGUCAAGAAAGACUACGGCACCACCUUCGACACGCUGGACCUCGUCCCCGUGGCGGGGUGGCACGGGCAAGGCAGGAAGCACAAGUGGUGGUCUCCGAUCCUGCUGGCGUGCCGCAACGACGAGACGGGCAGCCUCGAGGUGGUAACCAAGUGCAUCAGCGGGUUCACGGACGCGUUUUACAAGGCCAACAAGGAGUUCUACGACGACGGGGGCGAGGGCGGGUCCGGCGAGCGCAGGAAUACGCACGCCCGCCAGCCGGGCUUCGUCGAGUACUCUGGCCCGCAGCCCGACGUCUGGUUCGAGCCGCAGGAGGUGUGGGAGAUGGCGUUUGCCGACAUCACGCUGAGCCCCGUAUACACUGCGGCGAUCGGGCUGGUCAGCGAGGACAGGGGGUUGAGCAUGCGUUUCCCACGGUUCCUGAAGAAGAGGGAGGACAAGGGCAUCGAGGAGGCGAGCACAAGUGAGUUCCUGGCUGGACUGUAUAGGAAGCAGGGCGAAAAGGCAGCUGCUACUACGCCGGCGCAGCGAGACGGCGGCGUGGAGGACCACGAACAGGAUGCUGGUAUGGAUGAUGAAGAUUGA